AUGCCCGCCACGGGGUGCGGCCGGCACCCCAGCGAGUCGAGGCAGCUGGCGCUGGGCGGCUCGCACGACACAUUCACCGAGGCUUUGAGCCGUGUGGUGGGAGAGCAGCCGUCCGGGUGGCGAAGGCGACGUUCCAUCCGAGGCGGUGUCCGGACGGUGGUGGCACGUCAGUCGCCAGCUGCCGAGGACGGAGCUGGCUGUAGCCGGCAGAAAGUCACCGUUUCCCCACUGGCUAUCGAAGCAGGGGGGAUGCGCCCUCUGGCUGUUUACCGGGAGUUCUCGGCGACUGACAAGAUCAGCAGAACCGCAGCCGACGCCCCCACCUCCGGAGGCGGCGCCGCCGGGCCCGGACGCUCAGUUGUCUUCGCGACGUCCGCGAGUGAGCACCGCGCGCCAGCUGACGUCACACCCGCCGCUGCAGGCGCGCCCUCCCCCACAGAGACGAUGACGUGCAGCACGAGGAUCCGCCCCCGCGUGGCGGCGCUGCUGCUGCUGCUGGUGGCCGCCCCUGGCUACGGCCCGGCCGCCGAGGCGCAGCUGUACCCCGGCCAGUACCAGUACCAGUACCAGGACGAGUACCAGGGGCCCGGCUACUACCCGCCCGGCUACCAGGAGCGCGAGCCGCCGUACGAGGUGCUGCCGCCGCCGCCCGCGGCGCCCAACGACACGGCUGGCGUCCAGGUGGUGUACGCGGGGGUGGAGAACCGGAUGCCGGCGCUGGGCCGGCAGGAGCUGCCGCUGCUGCUGGACGCCAUCGACGUGGAGGCGUCGCAGCAGUGCACGCGGCACGUCACCGCGCAGUGGCGCUACGAGACAGACGUCAACCCCGCCACGCAGGCCGCCGCGCUGCAGUCGCAGGAGGAGUACGCCCGCUUCCAGAGGGCGCUGUGGCAGAUCGUGCGCCAGGUGCGGCCCGAGCAAGUGCAGGGGAACCCCCGGCUGGCGCGGACGGUGCGCCUCCUGUCUGUGAUGGGGCCGUCUGCGCUGCCCCCGGAGCUCCUCGACAGGUACAACCGAAUUAUCAGGGAGAUGUUGGCAGUGUACGAAACAGCGACCAUUUGUGCGUACAAAGACGCAUUCCUCUGCAAUCUUCGCCUGGACCCAGAUCUGACCCUAAUCAUGGCACGCAGCAGGGACUGGGAUGAACUGCAGUAUGUCUGGAAGGAGUACCACGACAAGACCGGCAUGAAAGUGCGUGACCUGUUCGAGCAACUAGUGGACGUCAGCAAUGAAGCAGCCAGGGUCAACAAUUUCACUGACACUGCAGAGUACUGGAUGUUCCCAUACGAGUCUCCCACUUUCAGAACAGACGUAGACUAUGUGUGGUCGCAGAUCCAACCGCUGUAUGCCCAGCUGCACGCAUAUGUUCGCAGGAAACUACGUGAUCUAUAUGGCCCAGACAAAAUCAAUCGGCGGGCCCCUCUUCCGUCUCACAUUCUUGGGAACAUGUGGGCGCAAUCAUGGUCUAACAUUUUAGAUGUCACCAUUCCAUAUCCUGGGAAAAAUUUCCUCAAUGUGGGUCCAGAACUGCUUGCACAGGGAUACACGCCCCUCACCAUGUUCCGCCUCGCCGAUGACUUCUACCGCAGUAUGAACCUGUCGGCCGUGCCACCAGAGUUCUGGGAGAGGUCCCUACUGGAGCAGCCUCUGGACAGGCCGGUCAUCUGCCAGCCCUCUGCCUGGGACUUCUGCAACAGGAGGGACUACAGGAUCAAGAUGUGCACCCAGGUGACCAUGACAGACUUGGUAACAGCACACCACGAGAUGGGGCACAUCCAGUACUUCCUGCAGUACCGCAACCAGCCCAAGGUGUUCCGCGAUGCUGCCAACCCAGGGCUGCACGAGGCAGUGGGCGACAUGAUAGCUCUGUCAGUAUCGACACCACAGCACUUGCAGACGCUCGGCUUGCUGCGCAACUCGGUCGACGACCUGCCACACAACAUCAACUACCUGUUCGCGCAGGCACUCGAUAAGCUCGCCUUCCUGCCGUACGCACUUGUGCUCGACCUGUGGCGCUGGGACAUCUUCGAGGGCCGCACGCCCAAGACGCGCUACAAUUGUGACUAUUGGAGGCUCAGGGAGAACUACAGUGGAGUGAAGCCGCCCGUGCUGAGGUCGGAGAUCGACUUUGACCCCGGGUCCAAGUACCACGUGGUGGCCAACAUCCCCUACAUAAAGUGAGUACUGUGAGCUGUACCGUAAGUAUUUACAAUUUACAAUUCACAAUCACUGAUCACCAGUGUCGACUUCUGUUAAGGUUUGUUUGGAGAAAUAGAGACUUUUUGUUGCGACUCUUUUUAUAACAACUCGCUCCCCCAUAUUUCAGAAAAAAAUGAUUUUAUUUCUCGCUGGCGCGUCUGCACAGACUUUACAAAUAGAAGCAGUCUUCUAAGUUACAUUACGUACCUUUGUUCUAGGACGUUGCUUAUUGCGAAACAUUUUACUGUUAUAUGGGCGUGGUUUGAAAAAAAAAAAAGAAAGAAA